AUGUCGACGAAUGCAACCCUGCGGAGCCGUGUCAACGCGUGGUUGGCGGAAUGGGUACCGGACGAGGCUUCCGACUCUUCAGGGGCAGAAAACGCUCUACCGCUGCCAGAUGUCGCAGCUCCUAGUGCGGGGCCCGAAUCGGAGUCAACGGCCCUACCAUCGGACAUCAUGUGGGAAAAUGAACAUGAAAAUCACGAUCCCCUUCACGGAACGCCUGCUGCGGCAGCCAAUCAAAGUCAUCCAUCUAAUCGGCACCGGCAGUACUCGGUCCCUCCCACUACAACUACUCCGGACCUGAGGCAUUUCAGAUACAAUUCGGCCACCGAGGAUUUGCACGCCUGGAGCAUCUAUCGGCAGAACCUGAACUCGGAUUUCACGGAUUCCGCGCUCGGCACCGCUGAGAAAUCACAGCGGCCCUUCGGCAAUUUCCAGCUGCGCGAAUCGACGGUGCAAACGAUUCUCAAUCAUCCUAAAUAUGGACCGAAAGACCGCAACUCAGAGCUUGCGUCCAACAUCCAGACGUAUUUGCGAUUCGGUCUGCCCAGGGUCCAUACCUCGAGUUCGUCUAGCGGCGGUGGCAAUGGAAGGUUCACUGCCACGGCAAACCUCCUAAAAGACACGUCUUCGGGCUACGACAGUUCAGACGACGGUCUAAGGAAACCACCUGCGGGAGAUUCGCAUCCACAAUUAGCUCCCCCUCCCCCGAUCCAAGCGACUCCUCAACACCAUCAGUCUACUCAGCAGCUGUGCCAAGAAUCCCGAGGUAGAUAUCAUUAUCUUCCGCAUCAUCAAGUGAGACAAGAGCCUAACAUCAGAACAGAGAGCCACGUUUAUGGCUACGGUCAAAGAACGCCGCAUCGAUCUGGCAGCGAGGCGGACCUGAUCCAAGAGGACAGCCAGAGCCACCGCUCGUCAAGAUGGGACAUUUUCCCGCGAGCUCCGAAAGCGAACGGCGCAGCCAACGGAAUCCACAACGUGCCCGAUGGUCGCCGGAGCGCUCUCUCCCAUAUGUCGGCGAGUUCCCACCACCUGAACAAACUUCCAUUCAACCGGGACUCGUUCUACAACUCACUGCCAGGUGGUCCUGAUGACGAAAUCGGAUCGCUGAAACAUCCCCAUCUUCAAGUGCGCGGGCUGACAUUCGAGGUGGAUCGCUCGUCGUGGGGACAAAAACUCUGCGGACGGGCCAGAACGAAAUUGCUUCUGCUCGAGGGACUAUCUUUCGAGGUUCGGGGAGGUGAAAUUCUAGCCCUGGUUGCAACUUCAGACAACGAGGGUACAACCCUCCUGGACAUUCUCGGCAACCGUGUCGAGAAAAAAUGGGGAGACAAGGUCCGUGGCGAGUUCCUCUACAACGGAAUCCCGAUGGAAGCGGACCGUCUCCAGAACUUCGUCGGUUACGUGGGCAGGGAUUUCGAGCUAUGCCCUGACAUGUCCGUUCGUCAAUGGAUGCUAUUCACUAGUCUAGUUCAAGAGCCCGGAGGUCCGAUCAGAGAUACGAAGGAACGAAUUAAUGCUCUUCUGGAAGAUUUGGGUCUGGGUCAGUUGCGUCACACGAGAAUCGCGGAUCUGACCGAGAGCGAGAAGAGAAGACUGAACGUGGCGACUCAAUUGCUGCUCGAUACCGAUAUCGUUCUACUGGAUCAGCCAAUCCAGGGCAUGGAUAUCCUCGAUUCGUUCUUCCUGAUCGAUUAUCUUCGGCAAUGGGCAUCCCGAGGGCGAAUCGUCAUCAUGACGGUCCAUCCGCCGACCUUCGAGAUAUUCUCGAUGAUGUCCCGAAUCGCCAUCAUCUCAACCGGUCGGAUGGUUUACUUCGGACGCCGCCGCGAGCUCCUCGACUACUUUGCCUACAUAGAUUUCCCCUGUCCUCCUUACAAGAACCCGUCCGACUACUAUUUGGACUUGGUCACACUGGACAAUCUCUCGGCCGAGGCGAUGCUGGAGUCUAGUCAACGUGUUGAAAAUCUCGUCGAGCUCUAUCGUCGAAGGAACGACGAUCAUCCCGCUCUCAGCGAUCCAGGACCGCCGGGCAUCACUCCUCACGGGGUCCGCAGAGCCGGUUUCUUCGGUCAGAGCCUCGCUCUGUGGAUUCGGGGCAUGAUCUACACUUUCCCAUACAACGUUGUCCAUUUUUUCCGAGACCUCAUGUUGGCUGCUCUAAUGAGUGUCAUCAUCGGGUUCAUCUUCUGGAACGUGCGCGCGGGCCGCGAGCAAGAGCAUGUGUCGGACCGAUACGGUUUUUACCACACGUUGCUCGCUCUGUGCAUUUGGCCCAUACUUCUGAACAUGAUAAGCGAUGUGUGGCGAGAAAAAGCUUUCGUAUGCAAAGAUAUGCACGAAAAACUCUACGGAGGAUUUGCGUAUGUCGCCGCAAAGGUGACAUACUCCAUACCGAUGUCGCUGUCUAUAAUGUGCGCAUACGUAUUUCCCGCCUAUUCCAUGGCCGGCAUACCGUCUCAGGAACACAUCUCUAAUUUCUUGCCGUACCUGGGCUUCAUGCUGCUCUAUCUAUCGCUUCUCCGAUCGAUCGCCCUCUGUACUUCCUUCCUAUUUUCACGUCGACACGUUGCCGCCAUGUUUACCGCAUUCAUCGUCUCCGUCUUCAUUUUCUCUGGAGGAUUCGUCGUUCAUCUCAACGAGCUCAGCUUCAUGACGCAAUGGCUUCGUUCGUUCUCGCCGCUCAAAUGGGUCAUGCAGGAGAUGUCGUACCACGAAUUUUCCUCGAAGAGGCACAAUUAUGAAUGUCCACGCAAUCCCGUCGUUCUCCAAGAAAACGGAAUACAGGUGAAAGCCGACUGUGGUUGGUCUGGUGAUCGGCACGCCGUGGGACUGUUCUACACGGAAGCGUCUUCGCUCCUACACUCCAUUCUAAUCCCUCUCGGAAUGCAAGUGUUUUUCAUCAUCGUGUCCAUAGCCAUUGUUUCGCUGACCAAAUUCGACCGAGCAGCAAACAGAAAAUGUCGUAAAUAAUGCUCCUCUACUAAAAACCCUGAAGCCAUCAGAAUUCUCAAGCAUAUGGCGAGAUGGUCAGUAC